UUUUCCCUCUGCCCAGAAGUGUGUGAAGUCAGCCGUCUGUCUGGCACGGAAGUGUGUUGAUGUGCUUCCAGGUGUUUGUGGUAAAUCCUAAUGUCUGGACUGCAGGACCCUCCCCUGUGAGAUCAUCGCCCUUUUAAUUAGACCGGAUUCGCCAAUUACAAGACACUCAGGGCGUCUUGCUUUCUCUCCUCGGCUCUAUAAAAGGAGCACAGGUCACCGAUUUGGCAGACAGGAGUUGAGGAACGAUCUACUGUAUAAUGUCUUCCAAAACGUUUAUGGUUGCCACUUUGCUGGUUGGUGCUUUGAAAUUCAUCUCAUCUCAGACGAGCUGCAGAGGACGAUGUGGCGCAGAGUACUACCGAGGCAACAUGUGUCAGUGUGACUACACAUGCUUGUCCUAUGAUGAGUGCUGCAAUGAUUAUGAAGCUCAGUGCACCAAAAAAAACUCCUGCAAGGGCCGUUGUGGAGAAACCUUCAAGAGAGGCCGGCGAUGCAGCUGUGACCCCGAAUGCUCAAAGUUCAACCAGUGCUGCCCGGACUACAAGAAGCACUGUGAUGUGGAUGUAAUUACUGCAGAAAAGAGUGGAGGAGCAACAGGACCAAUGACGAGUAGCUCAUGUGAUAAUGUACAUGAUAACAGUCCCAAAGAUUCAACUUUGACAGAGGAUCCUGAAUUGGGUGAAGGAAACAAUGCAGAUGACAGCUCAUUUACUCCAGACAGUUCGACACCGUAUCCUCCCACAGAUCUUGGCGAUGGCGAUGAUAUAUUUGCUGAGAUAUUUCCGGGUGACGACUUGUCCACCAAUGGAGAUGUGCAACAGAAUGCGUCUCAAAGCCCAGAGGUCAGCGGUGGUGAUGAACUGACUCCAGUUGAGCCCGUGGAUGAAAUCCCGACAGAACCGACUCUGGUUAGAGAUGAUCCACAGUUCAGUAUAGAGCCAGCGCCUGUGGAUGACUUUCUUUCUUCGACAGCAAUUACAACUGCAUGCACAGACCCCACAGAUCCGACAAGCGACCCCAAUCAAGCAACGACUCCUCUGGUUCCCUCUGAACCGCCAACUGAACUAAACUGCGGCGUCCUUGACCCUUCAUCGACCUCAGAGCCACAAACUGAACCCACAGCUUCGUCUGGAGCUACAGUGACUGAGACGGAGAUUUCCCCCUCAGACACACCAGAGGUCAGCCCCACCAAUGUAAAGGACUUAAUGGAAGAGCUGGAAAACUCCCAGCUCACCGCAACUCCGGGCUCGUCAACAUUGGCUGACACACCAGAGGUUAGCCCCACCAACGUAAAGGACUUAAUGGAAGAGCUGGAAAACCCCCAGCUCACCACAACUCCGGGCUCGUCAACGUUGGCGUCAGUGAUUGAGGAAACCACUUCAAACCCAAACACAGAGAGCAGUCCAGAAAGCAUCACAACCAGCUCUCCUGAUGUUCUGCAAGACGUUUCAGACUCCACUCUCACCCCAGCUACAGACGACUUGCUCUCAUCCACAGCGGCAGGCCCGGACAACGCCAGUGGCGGUGUUAAUCCAGGUGAAACAACUGCUGAUCCUCCCACAUCUGAACCCGACUCCAAACCCGAUCUGCCCAUAGCAUCACCCACCUCUAAAACUGAGACCAAACCUCUGGACCCACAAACCCAGAUUACUGACAACCUGAAAGAUUAUCAAGGAGAUGACAGUGAUGACACUAACCUGUGCAGCGGACGCCCGGUCAGUGGGAUCACCACACUCAGGAACGGCACAAUGGUGGUUUUCAGAGGCCAUUUCUUCUGGGUUCUGGACAGAAACCUGGUGCCGAGUUCACCCAAAGAAAUCACAGCGGUGUGGGGCGUUCCCUCCCCCAUCGACACUGUGUUCACUCGCUGCAACUGUCAGGGCAAAACCUACAUUUUCAAGGGAGGAAAAUACUGGAGGUUCGAAAAUGAUGCUCUGGACCCGGGUUAUCCGAAAGUGGUUAGAACUGGGUUUGACGGGCUGCAGGGCCACGUCACAGCUGCCUUGUCUGUGCCGCAGUACCUCAGCAGGAAAGAGUCCGUUUACUUCUUCAAGAGAGGGGGAACAGUUCAGAAAUAUUCAUACCAGUUUGGCACCAGUCCCAAAUGCGGAAGAACGGCCCACGUGCCUGUUUAUACCGUUCGCGCCCGACUGGUCCGUCAAGCAGUUUCUGUUUUGGAACCAGCAAUAAACAUCCGUAAAUCCUGGAAAGGCUUCCCCUCCACCAUCACAGCAGCCGUUUCCGUGCCAACCAACAGAAACCCAGAGGGGUACAAAUAUGUCGUCUUCUCAAGAUCGACGGCGUACAGCGUGAGGAUGCACGACGGUCGACCUGUUGUCGCCGCUCCGAGAGCAAAUGUGUUGCCGAAAACUGACAACUUCUUCAGAUGCCCGAAGAAAUCCUAAGUGGAAAAAUAAAACAAACGGGCACAGGC